GUAGAACUACCCGUUAAUUUUUAUGAAUAUUUGCUUGAACUAGUAAAUAAUAUAGAUGAAUACAGUUGCUCAAAAAUGGUUGAAUACAAAUCCAUACAAAUGCAGACUGUAGAUCAAUACACAGUGGUACCCUCAACUGAAUACUUACAUACUGUUAACGAUGGUGGGAGGAAUUACACAGUCUGCCUGCUCGAGAGAAAAUGUGUUUGUGGGAGGUUCCAAAUUGAUGAAUUGUCAUGCCCACAUGCCUGGGCUGUAUUGAAGAGCAAGUUUUUAACGCUUGAAGAAUAUUGCUCUAGCUAUUACAAGCCAAGUACAAUUGUAAUGGCAUACGAUGUGCCAGUGUACCCGCUACCGGACAAAAAUGACUGGAAUAUACCAGAGCAUGUUGCAGAGGAGGUUGUACUACCACCCAAAUGGAAAAGACCUCCUGGAAGGCCAAAGAAGAAGCGCGACAAAAAUUUAAGUGAAUUGUUGUUGCCGAAAAAUCAACAUUCAUGUAGCAUAUGUGGGCAGGGAGGACAUAACAAGCGAACUUGUAGGAAUGCCCCACGUAAUAAAUAG